AUGGGUUCACUUAAGAUUGAUUCAGGAGUGGCUAGAGAUAUGUUUGCUUCUUAUGUAGUUGCUGGGGAUAAGCCAUUCAAUAUGGUUGAUGAUAGGAGAUUUAGAAAUUGGGUGAAAUAUAUAAGUCUAACUUUAAAACUUCCUACUAAGAAUACGGUUAAGUCUGAUAUAGUAAAAGUUCACAAGAGAGAAGCUGCGAAACUUAAAAAAAUUUUAGUUUCCAUUCCAAAUAUAAUUUGCUUAACAUCUAAUCUUUGGACGUCCAGUACCAAUGAGGGGUGGAAUUCACUUUAUGCAAUGCUUGCAAGUGCUAUUCCAUAUAAGAAAGUUUUUGAAAUGUAUAAACAUAUUUUGAUGAAUAGUUUGAAGAAUGAUGAAGUGCUUAUAAAGAAUAUGGGAGAACAAAUGAUGAUUAAGUUCAAGAAAUAUUGGGAGGAAUACAGUGUUAUUCUUGCAUUUGGGACAGUUCUUGAUCCUAGAUUUAAACUCAACACUUUGACUCAUUGCUAUAAUGAGAUUGAUCCUAUUAGUGCUAAAGACAAAGUAGAGCAUGUGAAGAAUAAGUUAUACAAGAUCUUUGAGGUUUAUGACCACAAUUCCUCUACAACUGUAGAGAGUUCUUCCCAAAUUUCAAGUAAUGUUUCUCAAGCAACAUCUUCUGCAAUUGGAACUCAGCUUAUUAAAAUUGUUGGUAAUUUGAUGUCCCAUAAUCAAGAAGUUAAAGUAAAAAGUGGAAAGAACCAACUUGAUAUUUAUUUGAGUGAGGCAACAUUAUUUCGCAAGGAUACAAUUAUAGAUAUUUUGCAAUGGUAG